AUGCCCGCCGAGACGACCGGGGCUCCGAAUACCGGGGCUCCCGUCAAUACAGCGGCCCCCGCGCAAGAUGGAUCAAAGACCGCACCACCUCCUGCCAACUCAACGGCCCCCAAGGCGGAGGGAGAGAAGCUCACACCCGCCCAGCUCAAGGCUAAGGCCAAGGCCGAAAAGGCUGCGAGGCGCGCGCAGGUGAAAGAAGCAAGGGCUGCUGCUCCGGUGCCGUCCCCCGUCCAAGAGAAGGGCGCAGUGACAGAUGGGAAAGGAGGCAAAGGAAAGGGGAAACCGGAUGGACAGCAAACGCAAGGCAAAGGUGGACAUUCACAGGGUCGCCGGCCAUCGUUUAGUGGGAGGCGGCCCUCUGGUGCUCCGAUCGAGAAGGACGUUAGGAGUACCAUCCCCGAUGCUUUCAGUCACAUUCCAAUGGCAAAGCGGAUACCAACGUCCCAGGCGCACAAGGAUGUGCACCCUGCGGUGCUAGCGGUCGGGCAGCAGAUGGCUACAUUUGCGCUCAGUGACAGCAUAUCCCGUCUUCAAGCUACUCUCUUGGCGUUCCGGAAGGUAAUCGAGUCGUACGAGACACCUAAAGGAAACUCGCUCUCGCGGCACUUUGUUCCCCACGUCCUCAACCCACAGAUCGAGUACCUUACCGAAUGUCGGCCCAUGUGCUUUGCUAUGGGCAACGCCAUCAGAUUGCUAAAGGGGAAAAUCAACAAGUUUGACAUCAACACGGGCGACGAGGAGGCAAAAGAAGGGCUUUUAGAGUGGAUCGACUUUUUGAUCAAUGAGCGCAUCAACCUAGCGGAGUAUGCCAUCGCUAGGAAUGCGGCCCUACUGAUCAACGAGGGUGACACGCUCCUCACCUACGGCCGGCACCGGCUCGUGGAGAAGACCUUUCUCGAGGCUAAGAAAGACGGCAAGUCCUUCGAGGUCACGGUGAUCGAUGAUCCGUUUGAGCGUAGCGGCCAGGACCUCGCCAAGGUUUUGCGGCAAGCAGGUAUCCCCGUGCUGUAUUCCCCCAACCUGGGUGGCCUGCGGCCCAAAGUUGCGGCGGCAACCAACGUUUUCCUCGGCGGGGAGGCCAUCUUUGCCAAUGGCUCACUCCACGCUCCCUCGGGAACUGCCGACGUCGCCAUGUCGGCGGCAAACGCUGGCGUGAAGGUAAUUGUGCUGUGCGAGACCAUCAACUUUGACCGCGACCGAGUCUCGGUCGAUUCGCUCACGUACAACGAGAUCGACCCUGAGAGGAAUUCGGCCGAAUCUUUCCGGUUACUGUUUGAUAACACCCACGACAAGUAUAUUACUGGCGUGGUCACUGAGUUCGAGAGCGGCGGCGGCAACUCGCCGGCCCAGGCUAUUCUCGCUCUGCUCAGAAAACAAGAAGAUCCCCUGAUCGACUAG